GACAUAUUCAAUCCUAUAAAGGCUCAGAAUCGUUUAACAUUUCUAGGGUUUUCGUAUCUAAGGAGGAAGAACAAGAAGCUCAGUUACAAGCUUACAAUUGGGGAGGGAGAAUGUUACGGUCAGGACUCAAACCCUGGACCUUGAGAGUACCGGAUGUCGGAGGCACCAUUCAGACCUAGGGAAAUUCUUCUGGAGAAUCAGAAAUAUUUUCAAAGCAUCUACAAGCACACUUACCUGAAAGGACCUCACGACAAGAUUACAUCAGUUGCCAUUCCUACUGCUUUGGCCGCAACUUCUUUGUUCUUCAUUGGACAAGGAGUCUAUAACAUGUCUCAUGGAAUUGGGAAGAAAGAAUGAGGCUUCCUGGACUCUGUAUGGUCUUUAUAGCAUGAAAUUGCUUGUUUAAUAGCUCUAAUAAUGGCUUGGUUUGCACAUUUCAUUGCUACCUAUGGAAAUAUUGAAGCUACCCUUGACGGGUUAUUUUCGGUUUGGUUUGAUUCUUUUGAAUA